CAUUUUUGAAAUGUUUAUGAAAUAAUAACUUUUUGAUUUGUGAUUAUAGGUAUAAAUGUAGGAAAAAAUAAAUAUGGAAGUUUUUUUACUUGAAAUUAAAAAAAUCCUUUCCAUAUGAUGAAAAUAACACACAUAAUUAUACAUGUAGAUGAAGAUGAAUCUGGUCCUUAAACAGUCAACAAUAAAGACUUUUAGAUGAAAAUGCCUGAAUUCUUAUAAUAUUGCGGCAUAAGCAUUUUGAACAACCCCUGCUAUAUAAAAUUCUGAAUUUGAGCAAGCCAGGAAGACAUUUUACCAGUGCAGGGCUUGCUGGCUUGUGUUAAUGUCAACCACUGUUAGAUAAGAUAUGAGGUGCUUGAGCAGUUCAAAGAAGGCUUUGAGGAAUAUAUAGAAGAUACAAAAAGAUUCCAUAAGAGUUUAUUGCCAAGUGUGAAAGAUACUGAGAAUCGGAGUGGCCAUGGUUGUGUUCUGGUCAGUGUGGUCAAGCUGCUGUUGGGAGUGGACAUGAUUCAGCCGGCGUUAAUGCAGGUGUUGUGUGAGAAGCUACCUGAGUUUAUGGCAGAACAAGACAGCGUUAUUGUUGAGGGAGGGGAAAGGGUGAAUAUUCCACGCCUGCUACUCUCACAACUCCAGUGGCUGGAUACCAUCAUCAACAGCAAGGAGGUGAGUGAGAAACUGCUGGAGAUGGUAGAGGUUUGCAGUGAAGAGGUACAAAGGGAGAUAAUCUCUUGUCUACCCUACAUCGUUCAGGACGCUGAACACACAAUGGUGGCGGCAAAACUCAGGGACAUUCUGACGGAGAACAAGAAUCUAACAGUGCCCAUCUUGGAUGCUUUGGGUAACCUGGUCCUACCUUCUACACUCCUGGCUGAGGUUAGAGACUCGGUAAUCCAGCUGUUACCAUCAGUUGACCUUGAAGAACUCCCUGUUCUUGUGCGCUUCCUGCUCCAAUCUGUAUCCUCCAGUGAUGCCCUUGACGUCGCCUCUGAGCUCCGUAUACACCUUGUCCUGGAUUCCUCCACUGCCAGACAGGCUGGCAAGAAGAAAACAGAGUCUACAUCUGACAGUAACCAGGACAUUGAGACCUUGAUCUUGGACACAGUCAAGUUUGCUGUCCGUUUCCAGAGACAUGUGGGGGAUGCCCUUUUCAAGGCGGUAGAGCAGGAGAAACAAGCUAAGAACCAACAGGUGAUUGACCUGUUUCUACUACUCAUACUGUAUGGUACCCCGCGCGGCAAGGCCAUUGAGAGUCUGUUCAGGAACAAGAUACGGUCCAGCUGCUUCACCGAGGCUUACCUAACAAAAGUGUUCAGCGUGCAUGCUCAGGUGUUGAAGGGAUAUUUCCAGCCAUUACUGAAACUUGCAGAUGUUCUGUUGAGGUCUCCAGAAAUGCCUGUGUCAUAUUUCGGUUCAUCCAUGUACAAGAUGGCCUUUGUCGCGUUUGAUGCCUAUCACAGACAGGAGCUUGUUGGUCAGUUGAUAGAGCAUGUGGGCAGUGGUGUCGAGGGGGAGGUGGAGUCAGCCCUGGAUAUCCUGGCCAGCCUUGUGCACUCACACCCCACACACAUGGCUCCAUUUGCCAUCCUCAUCAAGAGCAUGUUGGACUACCUGGACCAGAUGUGUGUCAGUCAGAUCAGAAAGCUGUACCUUAUGUUGAGUUCCCUGGCCUUCAAGAACACAAGUGAUGGGGCCUCUAUUCAGGACGACUUACAUAUAGUGAUAAGGAAGCAGCUUUCAAACAAUUGCCCAAAGUACAAGAGAAUGGGAGUGAUAGGGGCUGUGAUGAUUGUAAGCUGCAUCGCCCAGACAAGUUCACAGGCUGACCAGGAAAGUGACUGCACACAAGAAGAGUUGGAGGCUGACCUCUACAAACAAGUGACUACUCUCCUGACCCUGGUCAAAUCCAGUUCUGGACGUUCACCCGAGGCCUUUGCUCUCUUCAUGGACGAGCUGGCUGCUGUUGUUGCUCAGGGAAAACUGAACAGGAAAGUGGAGGGUUGGAUAGGUGAGAACCUGACUACAGACUUCCAGGAGUGCUUUGUUGUGGACAUUGAGGAGGACAAACCCAAAGAGAGUGGGGGAAUUCCAAUGGACAGCCUAUAUGGACUGGAUGAUGAUGCGGAGGGAGCCAUAGCUGUCAAUGUCCUGCCUCUGGUGGUGAAGAAACAUGGAGCAAAAACAGCUCUCGCCUCCUACACAGAGAGUGGUAUGACAGACCCAGUGUGUAUAGCUCCAUCAGUGAGACUGCUGAGAGUGUGUGAGGAGAGACAACAUGGGACACUCGACAACAUUGAUGCUCUACUCGGCUGCCCCGUGUACCUGAGUCAGGAGACAGUGUACGAGAAAUUAGAGCCCCUCUCACAGAAGGAGAGAGAUAUGGUCAUCUCCUCAGUCUUCUACGCAAUCAACUGGUUUAUUGAGAUGGUAAAUGGGUUUUCUGGUAUCUCUGACCCGGAGAUCAAGGGCAAGGUCAUCACACGCCUGCAGAAUAUCACAGAGCUACAGAAAAUACUGCUCCAGUGCCUAGCUGUGUGUCCGGGGUUCAAGCCCCCACUGGCCAGUUUCGACCUUGAAGAUGAGGUGAAGGUCACAGGGGUCUCAGCAGGGGCUGCUGGGAAAGCAGAGGGCAAGAAAAGGGGCAAGAAGCCAAAGAAGGGAAAGAAAGUAGAGGCAACACAGGGGGACAGUGAUGAUAACAGCAGGGACAGCUCACAACUCAAUGCAACUGCUCUGGGAACCCAACAAGGCACCCAGGCCCCUGAGAGUAGUGAGCUCAAGGACAAGGUCAUACCAAGUUUGGCUCCUUACAAGCCUUUCUUCAGGGAGUUGGACAUCAAGGUGUUUACAAUUCUGGCGACAGGAGCCAUCAGCCGGUCCUCACUUGACUCAGAGGAGAAUACUAAGAUGGUGACAGAGCUGUCUCUACAGAUGCCCCAGAUACAGUACCUGAUGGAAGACCUGUGUAGGAAACUGGACCACUCCCUCCUGGCUUCAGCCACCAAGAGGAAAACGUUCUUCAAGGUUAAAGGAGAGAAGAAGGUUGGUUUUUCUGGCCUAGAUGUGUUGUCUCCCCUGCAAGUGGCCACCAAUGCUGUCAAGUUGAUGCCCGCACUUUGUAACCACCUCGAGGCUGCUAGUGGUUUCUUCCAGGCUCUGAUAUCGGAAAAUGAUGGUGUCCUUGAUGGACCGGGCAGCCACAGCCUGGAGGCCCUGGUGACCGGAUCUUGUUUCCACCUGCUUCUGCAGACGCUCCUUACAAUAUUCUCAUGGACUGGUUUCCAGAUGAUGGAGAACCGAAGCCUACUAAAAGAGGCCUUGGGAGUGCUAGUGAAGAGGAUCAGACCGGGUGGCCCCUCCCAGAUGGUCUUCAAAGAUGUCAUCAAGUUGGCAAUGCAGUAUGUGGCGAACUUUGCCAGCACUGCCCCUGAUGUGCAAACUGCAGUCACCCUUUUGAAAUUGCUUACAGCACUUGCGGAGAAGACUGAUGACAAGGGACUGUACAGUAAACUAGUGCCCCUUACGGAAGAGUUUCUGAAGCGAGAGUGGAAAGACUCUAGUGGGGAGAGAGCAAAGGGGGCAAAGUUCAAUGAGCAGCUACAGUUCCUUAUCAAGAUGUACAUCACCCACAGCGAGGAUCCACUGACGGCCAUUGAAACCAUAGCAACCAAGGCCAUUCCAGAACUGCUGGAGACGGACAAACAUGGCUGUGCUGCAUCUUUCCCCACUCUUAACAGGUCCUCCUACCCAGUUUACUAUAGGGUGCUGUUUUAUGAGCUGAUAGAAGCCAGCAAGGCAAUUCCACCUGCCAAACAGACAGAUAUCAUGGAUUUGUGGAUGGACCGGCUGUUACGUUGGAAUGUUGCUGUCCGCAUACUUCACAUCCUGGUCAGCCUUAACAAGACGUUUGAUGGCAGAGGAAACCUUGGCUCCUGCAUCAAGUAUGGGCGACAGUUUGUGGACCUUUUCUUGCGCAACGGUAUGCCUUUACUGGAUCAUAUGUUCCGGGCUCACAGACAAGACAUCCACGGGCUCCUGAAAAACCUCCAACAGAGCACUCGGGCUCUUCAUCAUCUGUGUGGACACUCCAAGAUAAUGAAGGACAUAGCGUUGACGAACCAGGUGCCGAUGUUGAAGCGUUCCUUGGAGGUGUUUGUGUUCCGAGUGAAAGCUAUGCUCACUCUCAACAAGUGUCUCGAGGCCUUCUGGAUGGGGAACCUCAAAAACAGGGACCUUCAUGGUGAGGAGCUACUGUCCCAGUCCACGGCCGUCAGUGAGGCGGGGGACAGCGAGGGGGAAGCCCUGCCGGACGAUGAAGAUGAGCUCAGUGAUGUGGAGCUUGACAAUGAUAGCAAUGCAAGCAAUGAGACUGGUUUCAACAACAUCACCGACCCUGAGGGAUCUUACAGUCAAGAUUAUUGAACUAGCCUGACGAUAAAGUGAGACUGGUUGCAACAACAUCACUGACCCUGAGGGAUCUUACAGUUAGGAGUACUGAACCAGCCUCACAAAAAAGUGAGACUGGUUGCAACAACAUCACUGACCCUAAGGGAUCUUACAGUCAGGAUUAAUAAGUGAGACUGGUUGCAACAACAUCACUGACCCUAAGGGAUCUUACAGUCAGGAUUAUUGAACCAGCCUGACAACACAGUGAGACUGGUUUCAACAACAUCACUGACCCUGAGGGAUCUUACAGUCAGAAUUAUUGAACCGUAAUUGACAAAACAGUCAGACUGGUUUGAACAACAGUACCAACACACUUUAAAUUUCAUAGUGGCUGGAAUUAACUUCAAAUUUGAGUUUUGCUUGUAAGCUCUUGAACUUACUUACAAAAGUUUAUUUCUAAAAUUGUCAAUAGUUUCAGUUUUUGAUGUUUAAAUCAUGCCAAUAAGGCCAAUAAGAAGUUUAUUUUUUGCCUGAAAGCAUUUUUGUUUUCUGUGUUUUCCUUUGUUAAUUUUAUUGUUUGUUUAAUGUAUAUACAAUUCCUAUUAAGAUAUGUGCAUGUUUAUCUUGGAAUAAAUGAUAAAAAAACC